AUCCAAUGCCACUUCUAAAGUGUAGGAGUAGCAUGAACAAAAACCUUAUGCUAGUUUUAUAUUAAAAAAGGGUAUACACAAUAGAUGACGUACACAUUACAGACUCGAUUUCAUGUUGUCUUUGUGCAACACAAUCUAAAUUUAAGCUGUAAAAUAUGCCCCAUAUACCAAUACAUUUCUCAAGUCCAAUGAUUAUUUUUUACACUAUAUAGUUAGUUUAAUUAAUUUACUAUCAAUUAUUUUUUAGGUACAUUGGCCAUGAAGAUAUUUAUGAAUACUGCAAAAUAUAAGUUUGUUUACUUUGUGUAGCUUGUUGUUUAGAUAUCAGAUGUUCAUAUUGAACAAAAAUGUCACUACCUCCAACAUCGACAAAACGUUUGACAAAGGAGUUGCUUGAUCUUUCUAAGCAGCCAAUUGAUGGUAUUAUUUUUGAUUCUGAUAAAAUCUCGACAAAUCUUCACAAAUGGCGAAUCACAGUAAAAGGUGCACCCGAAACACUUUACGAUGGGGAACUUUUCCAGCUAGAAUUUACAUUUGGAAAUAACUAUCCCUUUGAUUCUCCACAAGUUACUUUUGUUGGCGAAAAUAUACCUAUUCAUCCACAUGUAUAUACUAAUGGACAUAUAUGUUUAUCAAUUUUAACAGAGGACUGGACUCCAGCUAUGUCUGUAACAUCAAUUUGCUUAAGUAUAGUGAGUAUGCUGAGUAGCUGUAAAGAAAAAAAGCUACCACCGGAUAAUAAUAUGUAUGUGCGCACUGCAAAUAAAAACCCUAAGAAAACCAAAUGGUGGUUUCACGAUGACAAAGUAUAGAUUUUCUUUCACACGUUUAUUGGUUAGGUAUCAAAUAGUCAAUCUAAGAAUCCAAUUGAUAUGUUGAAAUGUGUUGUGCACAUUUUUCUUUUUGUUGAAGCUUUGGAUACAAGUAAAUAAAAAUUUCUAAAGGGAGGGAUUAGGAAUAGAGUGAAAAAAAUUGUUUUCUUUUUUAAUUUUAAUGAUAUGUGUUAUAAUUUUUAA